AGCGCACACCGAGUGCACUCCCUGGCCUGCCAGAUGAAGGCGAAGCGGCGGCGGCCGGACCUCGAUGAGAUUCACCGUGAGCCGUGGCCCCAGGCUGUCACAAGGACCCGACCAGACCCCGGCGGCAAGCCCGACCUCGACCUGCCAGGGGGCGGCCUGCAUCGCUGUCUGGCCUACGCACGAGUCCCGGCCGGAUACUUCAUCGAUUCUGCCAACCUGAAGACCCACUUCCGAUCCAAAGACCACAAGAAAAGGUUGAAGCAGCUGAGCGUGGAGCCCUACAGUCAGGAAGAGGCAGAGAGGGCAGUGGGUAUGGGUUCCUAUGUGCCUCCCCAGCGGCUGGCAGUGCCCACAGAAGUAUCCACUGAGGUCCCUGAGAUGGACACAUCUGCUUGACAGAUCCUGAGAAUUCAAGGCGGAAGAGUUGCCCAUGGACAGUGACGCAAGGGCCAGUCUGGGAGAGACUGUACCAGUCUGUUUUGGCCCGGGCUUUGGGGAGUGGAUGGCCUCUUCCCAGUGCCCUCCCUCCCAAUAAAAUAACUGGAUAAAGGGGGCUUGCCCCUGAUUCU